CAGUCAUAAUUCUCUUUGCGUCAGUCUAUGCUGUCCCUGAUGCUGUCAAUUUACCAAGUGGCGGUGGGGAGGAUUCAGGUUUAUUUGUCUAUGGGGAGGUUACCAUAUACCGGCACGGUGACGAAGAGUUUUUAGUAAUCAAUAAACAAAAAUUGCAACGAUGUCUCAUUUUAAAUUGAUGUCCUCUACGAAAGCUUCAGAUGUGAUUCCUGUGAAUAAGUAUGUGUCGGAGAAAACUGGAUUAACCGUGAUUAUCGCCGAAGUAGAAGGCCCACUUGUUAACGGAUUCUUCUGUCUUGCAACGGAGGCCCAUGACGAUGACGGUCUCCCUCACACCCUGGAACAUCUUAUAUUCUUGGGCUCAGAGCGUUACCCCUACAAGGGUAUCCUGGACCUCCUGGCUAACCGCUGCAUGGCCCAUGGCACGAAUGCAUGGACCGAUACAGACCAUACUUGCUACACCAUUUAUACAGCAGGAGAUCAGGGCAUGCUGACGUUACUCCCUAUUUACCUGGAUCAUAUCCUGCAUCCGACCCUCACAGAGCAUGGGUUUAUUACGGAGGUCCAUCAUAUUGAUGGUGACGGUGAGGAUGCUGGAGUGGUGUAUUGUGAGAUGCAGGGACGAGAGAAUACGGCAGAUAGCAGAUGCGAGUUGAAAUUGAUGCGCGCGAUGUACCCAGACAGCGGUUAUUCCGCUGAAACUGGUGGUAUUAUGGAAAACCUUCGCACCUCAACCGAUAACACGAAAGUAAGAAACUUCCAUAAAAAGUUCUACCGACCUGAAAAUUUGACGAUCAUUCUAGCCGGUCAAAUACAAGCCGACGAUGUGUUCAAAGCGUUGGCCACGGUGGAGGAUGACAUCAUCGCCAAGAGGGAAAAAGAACCGCAAGAGGAAUGGACCAAGCCGUGGCAGACUCUUCCACCGCCGCCGAAGUACUCCGAGCUGAGGGAACAAUGGCCGGCCGACACUGAAGAUUGCGGACAGGUGUUGUUCGGGUGGAGAGGCCCGGUGCUGACGGAGCCGUCGGCGCUGAAGGACCUGACGGCGUGCGCCAUCCUGCUGCGGUACUUGUGCGACACGGCCGCCGCGCCGCUGCAGAAGUGUCUUGUCGAGAGGGAAGAUGCACUCGCUGGCGAUAUAUCCUACAACCUAACAGAAAACCUGGCAACAUUGAUCAAGAUUGAGUUAGACAACGUUCCAAUCGAGAAACUGGAGACUGCCAGAGAUGAGGCCAGGAAAUGUUUGAAAGUCGUGUGUAGUGGCGAGGACCCUAUCGACAUGGAACGCCUGAAUCGGCUGUUGAAGAAGCAGCUGCGGGAGUCCAUCGCCAGCCUGGAGUCGGACCCGCAUCACGCCGUCGCGUUCCGAUGCAUCGGCGACGCUCUGUACUCGCAGAACGAUCAGGACUUUGUUUCCCGUAUGAACCCACAAAAAGAUCUGAAAGCUCUGUUAGAAGAGAGCCAGGAUUACUGGCUUGGUCUUCUGCAGAAGUACUUCACGGAUGACCUGGUCACCGUCGUCGGCUCUCCCAGCAUUGAGCUGCAGGACAAAAUGGCAGAAGAAGAAAAGAACAGGAUAGAACAGCAGAGAGCGGAGCUCGGUGAAAGUGGACUCGCCGAGAAAAUGAAACUUCUCGAAGACGCUAUGGAAUUCAAUGAGCGCCCCCCACCCCCCGGAACCCUGGCAUCCGUCCCUGUACCGUCGUGUGCGUCCCUCAAGUGUCACACCAUCUCUACGUGGAGCUCGGACACCGAGUCCUGCCCACACUUCGACUUGAAGGAGAUCCCGAUCUACACCAGAGUGCAUAGUCUUAAAACUAACUUUGUUUAUAUGACGCUGAUCUUCGACACGAUGUCGGUGGAGGAGGCGGUGCGCAAGUGGCUGCCGCUGCACACGCACGCGCUGGGCGAGUGCGGCGUGUGGCGCGCCGGCGCACUCACGCCGCACGAGGACGUCAUCUCCGCCACGGAGCAGCUCACGGUGCUGUUCUCCUCCGACAUCGGCUUCGAACGCGGCGGCAACUUCUCCGUCGGCCUGUUCGGAAACUUUGUUCGUGUUGAAGUUAGGUGUGAGCCUCAAGAUUAUGAAGAAGUAGUGAAUCUCUUGUACGACAUACUGUAUGCUCCUGAGUUAACGAAGGAAAGGUUGUUAGUUUUCGCCCAGAGACUCAUCAAUGAUGUAGCUCAGGUCCGUAGAAACGGUAAUAAGAUGGUGUACGACGCGCUCAGAGACUCCGUAUACAGUAAAGACACAAACAUGCACUGGUGCUCGGUACUAAGGCAACAGAAGUUCCUCAAAGAUCUUAUAGAGCAGUUGAACGCUGGCGGCGAUUCCGCAGAAGCCGCUGUGAACGAAGCCAAGACGACGCUGAAGGCCAUCACGGCGAACGCGUGGCUCCAUCUAGCGGCGGACUUUGACAGAUACAAACUCAGCACGGAACCAUGGAAGAGAUUCGGCAGGGAGAACGAGAUUACGCCUCUGCCGCCAACGUUGUACUGGGACGCGGAGCUGCUGUCGGGCUGGGGCGGCGGGUUCGUGAUGGGCGUGGGCGGGCUGGAGUCGUCGUUCCUGGCGCAGCUGAGCCCCGGCCCGCGCGGACUCGCGCUCGACGACGUCGCGCCGCUGCUCGUCGCUCUCAACUACUUCACGCAGCUCGAGGGUCCAAUGUGGCGUCUGAUUCGCGGCUGUGGUCUCUCGUACGGGUACGGCGUGCGAGCCUCUCCCACUGAAGGCAGACUUGUAUUCUCGCUGUACAGGGCCACUAAUACGGUUGCUGCUUAUAGCAAAGCCAAGUCUAUUUUGGAAGAAUAUUUGGCGGACGGUAAAUUCGACGAUGACCUUUUCGCUUCUGCGAAGAGCACCGCCCUCUUCGAAGUAGUUGAGAACGAGAAGUGUCCAGCUGAUGUCGUCAAACAGUCGUUACUCAACUAUUUACAACGUGUUGGUGAAAAAUAUAACAGGGAUUUGGUGUGCGCGAUAUCCGCGGUAACGCCGUCGGCUGCGCGCGCGGCGGCGGCGCGGUGGUUGCCGCUGUUGUUCGACUACGAACAGUCCAAGCUCGCCAUCGUCUGCCACCCGACUAAAGUCAAUGACAUGCAGGCCGCGUUUGAAAAAGUGAACGUGAAACUAGAAGCGUACGAGUCUAUGGAAGCGUCGCACUUUAACAAAUAAGCGUAAUUUUUAUACAACAUGUACAAGUGUAUUAUUUUAACAGAAAUAACAGAGUCAUACUUUUACACUGGUUUUACGAUAAGAAAUUAAGUAUUCAUAUAUUACACGUAUUUUUUAAGUUUUUGUUUAAAUUAACUUCGCUUGGCUGUGCCUUACAAGAUAUUUCCCUGUUUACGAUAUCGCCUAGUUUAUUAGCAGAACACAGAUCACGGUCUAGAACGUUUCAGAGUCGAUUCCUAAGUUGGGCACUUUUUUGUGUUAUUCGUUCACUGUUUGCCCAAGACUCUAUGGAUCGGAAUACCAACGGUUAUGUGUGCAUGCAAUCGUUGCGCCUGUCUAUGCGGUAUAGGGGUGAUCACGUAAAAUAUAUUUAAUCAAUACGCAUUUUUAAAACAAAUAUAUUAAAAAAAUAUGUUACAAUUUUUUUAUUGUAAAAUUGUUUAUUUAAUAAAAAGUGGAGUUAU